GGGUUCUCGCCCAGGGACCCGGCUAUGGCGGCGGCAGGGGUGGCGGAGGGCGCGGUGGACGGGGAUUUGGCGGGGGACGCGGAGGGGGCGGCAGGGGCGGCGGGCUCGGACGGGGGCCUGGUGGGGGCCUUGGGCUGGGCCCUGGCGCCGCUCUGGGCACGUUCUACGGCCACGUGGAGGCUGAUCUGACGGGCAACGGCAACAUCACUGGACGCAUGCACGUUGUUGUCUUCAAGAACAACACAGACUACAAUGUCCGUUACGUGCUGAGGAUUGGUGGCCUGCCGACCCCAGGCCUUCCUACCGCUGCCGCCGUCCUGAAUAAUAACGGCGACGCUGUCCUUGAUUUCCCCGAUGCCACGUGGACCAACACCACUGGCCAGCAGCCUUAUGGCUACGGCUGGAGGAGGCGCAACCGCGCAUGGGUCUUUGGUGUGUGUUUCCGUUACAAUGCGACCGGGGUUUAUUACAACGCGAACACAAAGACUACUGAUGGCGGCAAGACUAUUGGGUCUAUUGCUGUGGCCAUGGUUGCCGCUCCUGCAGCUUAUAGUGGCCGCAUCACUGCUCCUGGUGGCGUUGCUUCUGGCAAGUUCCACACCUGGCGUUAG